AUGGGCUACCUCACCGGGAGCAUCGUCUCGUACGUGCAGGCGAACUUGGUGGCCAAGAUCAUCUACGUGUGGAAGUGCCUUCCAGAAUCGCUCUUGGGUAUCCUCAAGGCGUUGCUACCAUGGUCACCAGCAAGCCUCACAGUGUACGACCGUAGAAGUGCAGAGAUGGGCUUCCGCGCUGGGCAGAUAGGGCUGCCCUGGGACUACAGCAACCUGAUCUUGAACCCGUUGUUGGUCUUCUUCACAUUCUUCGUCAUCUCGAUGAGCAGUUGGACUGAGUGUGCUGGCCUGGUGGUCUGGACGCUCUUCUUCUAUGGCUGGAGCCGCUUCAUGCACCUUCGGGUGCAGUCGAUUGCCUUCUACAGCACCGACAAGCUGGACCGGAACGUGUGGAUGAUCUGGGGGGCCGCCCCGCUGGCCCUUGUCGCCACCUCCGCUAUAGCUUGGCAAUUCCGAGCAGGUGUGCUCGAGGACGCCCCGCUAUGGCAGAAAUGGGCCCUGCUCCUGUUCACCUACGUGUUUUGCUCCCUGCUGUGGGUCGUCACCUUGAGGAAGAUGUACCCCAAUACCACCGAGAAGGGCCCAGAUGCUCGGGACGGUGACUUUCUGAACUGCAAGAAGGAUUGGAUCUUUUCUUGGUUCAACUGCAACCCUGUCUUCACGGUGAAAUGUCUACACUAUCUUCCCAAACUUCUUGAGGACACCGAACUUGGGAAGGUGGAGACCCAGGUCGUUGGCAAAGCCGCAAUGUGGGACCAUCCCCUCGCCUGCGGCGAUGACCCGAACGAGGUGAGGUACUACAGUCCUGGCAAAGAGUACCUGCACUUCUCGCCCGAAAAGCAGAAGAAGAUGCAGGAGGGUGACUUCCAUGACUGGCUGGAGUUCGAGUCCUAUCUCGAAGCUCUCGGCCACAUGGCAGACCUUUGUCGGCGAAAGCGGGGCCGCGUGAAACCGGAAGAGCUCUACAAGCAGCUGGAGCUCUACAAGAUUGACUUCAACGCACCCAGGAUCUGA